UCCUCCUGGGGUGGCCCGAGCCUGGCCGGGGCCGAGGAUACUGCGGCCGCCGGGCCUGUGGGGAGCGAUGGAGCCUGGGAAGAGAAGAACCAAAGAGGACACUUGGGAAGCGGAGGACCUGAGGAGACACCUACGGGCCGUGCAGGCGGGCAAUCCCAGGGAGGAUAGGAAACACAGGGAGAAGCAGCUGCGCAAGGAGUCUGAGGUGGACCUCCUGGGACACCCGGAGCCUAAGUGCAGGGGUCCAGACCGCGAGACCAAGCACAGAGAGAGGACGGCCGAGGCUCACACCGCCAAGGAGAGUCCUCUCGGGGACAGAGACAGAGAAAAGCAGUGGGAGAGGAGAAAAGACGCAAAAGAGCGGGAGAAGGACAAGCUGAAAGAGAAACACCGAGAGCAGGAUGCAGAAAAGGCUCACGGUAAAGGAAAGGACAGAGAAAAGGAGAAAGACAGAAGGGCCAGGAGAGAAGAGCUCUGGCAGACGCCCGCCUACCACAACCUGCUGGGCCGGGAGGCGCGGGCCCAGCAGCUGCCACAGCGGGCGGAGAGGGCAGGCCGCUCAGUAAGUAAAGUGAGAAGUGAAGAGAAAGAAAGGAGAGAUGAAGACUCAGAAAGAGGAGAUGAAGACAGAGAAAGAAGAUACCGAGAGAGGAAGUUGCAGUACGGGGACAGCAGGGAAAACCCUCUCAAAUACUGGCUGUACAAGGAAGAAGGUGAGAGAAGACAUAGAAAGCCACGAGAGGCAGAUCGAGAGAAGAAACACCGAGAAAAGAGCAGCACAAGGGAAAAGAGAGAGAAGUACUCCAAAGAAAAAAGCAAUUCUUUCUCAGACAAAGACGGGGAGGAGAGACACAGGGAGAAACGCCACAAAGAAGGCCUCCCUGCUGACGAGGCGCGGCAGCGAAGUAACACGGAGAGAAAAGAGAAAUCAUCGCGAGAGGAGCAUAAGAAAAGGGAGCCCAAGAACGGUGAACACAGGAGUCGAGGGACAAGUUCAAGAAGAGACGGGACUGGCAGCCAGCAUGCAGAGAAUUUAAUGAGGAAUAAUGGAAAAGAGAAAGAUUCAAGAAGGAAGCACAGCCGUGAGGAGGGCUCCUCCGUUUGGAAGCUGGCUCAGUGGCAAGGACACGAGGAGACCAUGGAAAUUGAAAAGGAAGAGAUUGAUUCAGAAAAUGCUAGAACUAAUGAAUAUAUAGCCAGUUUUGAAGAUGAUUUUGAAGACUACGAGGAUGAUUUUGAGGUCUGUGACGGGGAUGAGGAUGGCAGUGCUGAGCCCGAGCCCAGAGGGAAACUGGAAGAACUUCCUCCAGCCCAAAAAAGGGAGAUACAAGAAAUUCAAAAAGCCAUUAGUGCGGAAAAUGAGAGGAUUGGCGAGUUAUCUUUGAAACUGUCUCAGAAACAAGGUGGAAAGGAGCGUGAACGGGAGUCCAGGACAGAUGCAAACAGUUCCCCGUCCAGAGCCUCUGUUUGUGGAAUUUUUAUGGAUUUUGCAACAGCUUCACACCGUCAAAAGAGUCGGACUCAGGCCCUUAAGCAAAAGACACGAAGUACAAAACUGCUUCGGCUUAUUGACUUAGACUUUUCAUUCACGUUCUCUCUCUUGGAUCUACCGCCAGUGAAUGAAUAUGACAUGUACAUCAGAAACUUUGGGAAAAAAAACACCAAGCAGGCAUAUGUUCAGCAUAAUGAAGAUAGUGUUGAAAGAGACAUUCAAACUGAAGAAAUAGAGACCAGGGAAGUGUGGACCCAGCAUCCAGGAGAAAGCAAUGUUGUCUCUGGAGAUAGUGAAAAAAGAGAUAUCUCUGAUGCUACAGUUGUACCAAAGAUUGAUACUCGACGGCUGUCAAGCUUUCUGCGGGCAGCUUGCCAGGUGGUUGCUGUGUUGCUGGAAGAGGACCGUGUGGCAGCUGGACCCAGCUGGACUCUCCGGGCUCAGGACGGCGCCUUGUCCAUCAGUGAAAGCUCAUCUCAGCUGAACACUAGCCUGCCCUUCCUGCAAAAUCGAAAAGUAUCCUGUUUGCAUGUCUCUCGAGCUCAGAGGCAGACGGUGGUCUCUGUGCAUGAUUUACCUGAGAAGGCAUUUGCUCCCCAGCUGGAUGGCAGAUACGUCCUCUGUGUGUGGGAUAUUUGGCAGCCCUCAGGGCCCCAGAAGGUUCUGAUAUGUGAGUCCAAGGUCACGUGCUGCUGCUUUAGCCCCUUUAAAGCAUUUCUGCUUUUUGCCGGAACAGUGCACGGCUCGGUCGCCGUGUGGGAUUUAAGAGAAGACUCCAGGAUACAUCAUUAUGUGAAGCUGAACGAUUGUUUCUGGACGUUCAGGACGUCAACAUUUUCUACUGAUGGAAUCCUUACACCAGUAAACCACCAAAGUCCUCUGCAAGCAAUAGAGCCUGUCUCAACCUCCGUCUACAAAAAACAGAGCUUGGUGCUUUCACCUUUUUCUACUCAAGAAGAAAUGUCAGGUUUGUCAUUCCACAUCGCGUCCUUGGACGAGAGCGGGAUUCUCAACAUGUGGGUGGUUGUUGAAUUGCCAAAGGCGGACAUGGCAGGUUCAAUAAGUGAUUUAGGCCUGCUCCCUGGAGGGAGGAUCAAGUUGGUGCACAGCGCUGCGAUCCCGCUGGGGCACAGUCUUUCCCAUAAAGAGAGUGAGUUUUGGGGAACCACACAAAUGCUGAAUGUUAAGUUUCUGCCUGCAGAUCCUAAUCAUUUUAUUGUCGGCACAGACGUGGGGCUGGUAGGCCACAGCACGAGACAGGACCUGAGAGCGUCUCCCAAGUCCUUCAAGCCUCAGCAACGUGGCAUGAGACUCGUCAGAGUUAACGCAAUUGAUUUUUCACCAUUUGGAGAACCAAUAUUUUUGGCUGGCUGCUCGGACGGGAGCGUCCGGCUACACGGGCUGAGCUCAGAGCACCCCCUCCUGCAGUGGGACAGCAGCACAGACGGCCGUGCGGUCACCGGCCUGCAGUGGUCCCCAACGAGGCCUGCCGUGUUCCUGGUCCAGGACAACAUGUCCAACAUCUAUGUCUGGGACCUUCUUGCCAGCGACCUGGGCCCGGUGGCCAGACAGCCCAUCUCCCCAGACAGGCUGGUGGCUAUGGCCGUCGGGGGAGAGCCGGACAAGGCCAGUGGCAGCGUGCUGGCCCUGGUGCUGGCCCGGGCCUCUGGUGCCAUCGACGUCCAGUUCCUGCAGAGGCAGUGGGCAGCCCCGGAGGCAGAUGAGCGCGGCAGGCUGCGCCUGCUUUUGCAGGAAGCACUGUGGACAGAGGGAAGACGGCGCGAGUGACAGGUGUUGCGGGAUCGUGUAAUGACCCCGACUUCAGAGACGUAAGGUGGAUAAUUUCACAUCUGUGUGCACGUACAUUUAUGUAUAUAGGCUGUGUAUAUUCUGUACAUAAUUUAUUUUACAAGAAUGUUACUUUGGAAUUCCCAGUAAAUAAAUCACUAUUUCUGAACAGAAACAAAUGAACAUUUUAGUGGAUGCUACACGUCAAAGAAACAGUCGU